AUGGAAGCUUUGGUUUAUACAUUCCUCUUAGUCUCAACUUUAGGAAUUAUUUUUUUCGCGAUUUUUUUUAGAGAACCUCCUAAAGUUCCGACGAAAAAGGUCAAAUAA